AUUCAAUUCAGAUAUCAAAGUGUCAGAUCAAGCUAAAGAUUUACUAUCAAAGUAAAAAAAAAAAAAAAAAAAAAAAUCUAAAUGCUUAAUUUACUAACAUUCAUAUACAUAUAUAAUAUGUAUUAUAAUAAAAGACUAUUAACAAAAGAGAAAAGUAAAAGAUUAGGCUAUAAUGGUAACGCCACUGAAAUUAAAUCACAUCCCUUUUUUAAGGGCAUCCAGUGGGACACAGUACAUAAAUCAAUGACUCCACCAUUUAUCCCAUUUAUUAAAUCGCCCGAUGAUAUUACAUUCUUUUCUACUACACAUAACGAGCACGAAAAUGAGGACAAUCAAAUCGAUGAUAAUGAUAAUGAUAAUGAUGAUAAUGCUAAUGACGACGACGAUGACAACGACGACGAUGAUGAUGAUACCCUUUAUAAUGAAUAUCCAUUUAUCGGUUAUAGUUAUAUAAGUGAGGAUGUUCCAAAGAUAAAUACAACAGGAUUGAGGGCAAGUAGUAGUAAUAAGGAAUUUAUUGCUCAACUUCGACAAAAGUUAAAUAGCAGUCCAGAACCAAGGCAUUGGGGGGAGGAUGAAAAGAUAAAACUUAAAGCAGCACAUGAAGAAGAGAUUAUGAAAAUGAAAACUGAACACUCUAUAGAAUUGAAACGACUUCAAACUCUGUUAAAUGAACAAACAACUAAACAGUCUAUUGAUGAGAUUGAAAGGCAAUUAGAGGAGGCCAGACUUAAGAACAUGCAUCUUGAAUCUUCUAUUCAUGUACUGGAAAAGGAAAAGGAAGAAUUAAUAAAGGCACAGCAAUCAAGGCAUAACUCUAAAGAUGAUGACAUGAUGAAUGCACUUCAAAAGGAAAAUACUAAUUUGGAAUCCUCUCUAAAUGACAUACAAACUUUGAAUCAGCGUUUGGAAUCUGAAAAUGCGCAAUUAAAGGCACAGUUAGCGAAAUCAACUGAACUAGAGGCCUCCUUAGGCGAGUUGAAGUUGGAAAAUGAAAAGUUAAAUCAAACAACCAAGUCUAUCAAGGACCUUGAGGAAAUAAACAUCCAUCAGCAAAAGAAGUUAGCCCAGUUGGAAGAGGAGAUCCAGCUUAUGACGUCACAGAUGAAAGAGGAUCAGGAUCGUAUCUUGAGCUUACAAAAGGAAAAUGACAACAACAGGCUUGAAUACAGUAACCAACUCUCAGAGCUACAAGGGACUAUUCAGGCACUUGAAAAUAAAUUAGAUGAAGAAACCAAGCAUUCACAAGAGAUAAAGUCACAUUAUGAACAAACGCUAAAGGACCAAGCAAACGACUAUGACCAAUUUAUGAAACAAAUAAAGACAGAAUGUCUCGAUCUCAGACACAAAUUAGACGAGCUUCAAAAUGAUGAUGAUAAUAAUAAUAGAAAGGUAUCAUCAGUACCUACUUUAAACAAGGGGAAGACAGAUACAUCAGAAGAGAAAUCAAUACUAUCCGUUAUGUGGCAACGUGAUCGUGACUCAUUAAAGCUUACUCAACAAGCGUUAGAAGAAUCCGAAAAUAAUCUGGCUUUAGCAAGAAAGCAGAUACUACAACUAAAGAAAGAAAUGAAACACUUUCAGAAAUCUUCAUUUUUGCAGCAAAAGAAGGUGUAUCCAUAUAAUAAUGAAGAUACUGUACAAAUCAAAAAAGAUAUACCUUUAUUACCAAAGACAAAAAAGCCUAUGCCACCCAUUCCACAAAAAUCUAAUAAUGAUAGUGGAUUAAGUGAAAUUCCCUAUAGUAGAAAUUUUAAAUGAUAACAAAGCUAAUAAUCUAAUACUGGAUCGUAUUCAAUGGGGGAAAAGUUUUAUUCAAAGCACAGAAA